AUGUCAUUGAAAGCGCCGACAUUUUUGUUUGUUGACGAACCGACAACCGGACUGGAUAGCCAUGCUGCUUUGUUGAUGGUUCGUUGUUUACGAAACUUAGCUGAUGAUGCAAACAAUCGAUUAACGAUUCUGGCAUCGAUACAUUCGCCCAACUCGGACAUUCUCAAAAUGUUCGACAAACUCUACAUUCUGGCCAAAGACGGUGUUUGCGUCUAUUCAGGAGUGCCAACGUUGUUACAACAGAAUCUUCGAGAACAUAUUGGAUUAGUACAUGACAAAAAGAAACCACCGAUUGAAGAAUACCUGACAAUAGCUUGUAAAGGAAUUGAUAAUGAAAAUGUCUGUCGAUUAGCGGAAACAACUUUGUCACAACAGCAAGAGGAAUUGAAACCAUUAAUACCACAAAUGAAGAAUCUGCCUCAAGGAAUCAUUGUCAACCACAAGUUAUUUUCAAUUGAGGAUUUAUUCUUGCAAAUCGCACGAAUGUUUCAAUUAAUAUUCAUCAAACAAAUGAAUUCCCGAAUUUUCACAGUAUUCAUGGUGACUAUAGUGUGCUUUAUUCAUUCGAAUUUGUUCGACCAAAAUAUCCUCCAGCCCGAUACUUGUGUCUCUAAGCUCAACUUCACCAAGCCUCAAAAUAAUCAAACUUGUCAAGAUAAAUUAGAGGAAGAUAAUCGUAUUGAAUACUAUGGUUAUUAUCAAUCAAUGAUCGUUAUGGUGUUAGGUUAUGUACUCAAUGCAAUCAGUAGUUUGACUUUCUCUUCAUUGAUAAAGGUAUUCAAAAAUGAACAUCGAAACG